AUGGCCUGGCAGUGCACCGGCGCCAACAACACCGAGCUCGUCGACAACCUCGCCCGCGCCGGCCUCCUCUCGACCCCGAGGGUCAUCGACGCCUUCAAGCAGGUCGACAGGCGCUACUACGUCCCGCACCUCUCGGACGCCUACGUCGACUCGCCCGCCUACCUCACCCACGGCGCAACGAUCAGUGCGCCGCACAUGCACGCCAACGCCAUCGAGAACCUCGAGCCGUUCCUCCAGCCGGGCAGCAACGUCCUCGACGUCGGCUCCGGCUCUGGCUACCUCCUCGGCAUCUUUCACGCCCUCGUCAGCCCCGGUGGCACCGUCCUCGGCAUCGAGCACAUCCCGGCGCUCGUCAAGCAAGCGCACGAGAACCUCGACGCGGACCCGGCGGUGCGGGGCGUGGUUGCCAUCCACGUCGGUGCCGCCUCGCCCUCCCUCCCCCCCUCGCUCCUCUCGCAGCUCGCCUCCCCAGGCCGCAUGUUCAUCCCGCUCGGGUCCUCGGGACCGGGCGAGCAGCAGGCCGUCUGGCAGGUCGACAAGGACGCGCGAGGCGACGUGACACGGACGAGGCUGUACGGCGUCAGGUACGUCCCGCUCACGAGCAGGGAGGCGCAGGACCCUGGCGGGGGAGGGGGAGGGGGAGGGGUCGAGGGCGAGGCGUGA